AUGUCUUGGGAGGGCUUUAAGAAGGCCAUUAAUAGGGCUGGUAACAGUGUGAUUAUUAAGAAUGUGGACAAGACGGUGGAUAAAGAGUACGACAUAGAGGAGAGGCGGUAUAGAGUUCUUGAGAAGGCGGGUAAAGACUUGCAGAAGGAGGCCAAAGGGUAUUUGGAUUCUUUGAGGGCGGUUACAGCUUCGCAGGUGACUAUUGCGGAGGUUAUUUCUAAUCUGUACGAUGAUUCUAAGUCGUCCAGUGGAAGUGGUUACAACGUAGGUAAUUAUUAUUUGCAAUGUGUUCGUGAUUUUGAUUCUGAGACGGUGAAGCAGUUGGAUGGCCCAUUCCGGGAGACUGUUUUGGAUCCAAUUUCCAAGUUUUCUAUGUAUUUCGAUGAGAUUGAGGGCGCCAUUAAGAAGCGUGAUCACAAGAAACAAGAUUAUGAUGCGGCCAAGGCCAAGGUGCGGCGGUUAGUUGACAAGCCUGCGAAGGAUGCUACGAAGCUCCCUCGUGCGGAAAAGGAGUUGGCCUUGGCGAAGGAGGUUUUUGAAAACUUGAAUGAUCAGCUCAAGACUGAAUUGCCACAGUUGGUGGCUUUGCGUGUACCCUAUUAUGACCCUAGUUUUGAAGCUCUGGUGAAAAUUCAGUUACGUUUCUGUACCGAAGGCUACACCCGUUUAGCACAGAUUCAGCAGUAUUUGGAUCAGCAAUCGCGCGAUGACUACGCCAAUGGUGUGUUAGAUGAACGUAUUGAACAGUUGCUUCAGCAAAUGUCAAACCUAAACAUCUGCGCUCUUGGUUACAAAUAA